GGGCCAAGAUGGCGCCGCCGCCGGCUGUGGCGACGCCGCUGUUCAGCGUGCCUGAGGCGCGGAGCCGCUUCACGAAUUCCACCCGAGACGCCUUGUCCAGCAAAAGUAUCAAACCUCUGUUGAACACGUUCAGCCAGCUGCCCGGAAGUGAAAAUGAGAAGAAAUGUACCCUUGAUCAAGCUUUCAGAGGUGUUUUAGAAGACCUAAUUAUAAACCAAGCGUCUUGUGAAAAUGUUUUGGCCAUUAUCUCCCUUGCUAUCGGUGGAGUCACUGAAGGUAUUUGCACAGCCUCCACACCCUUUGUGCUCCUGGGAGAUGUUUUGGAUUGCCUUCCUUUGGAUCAGUGUGACACAAUCUUCACCUUCGUGGAAAAAAAUGUUGCUACCUGGAAAUCGAAUACCUUUUAUUCCGCCGGAAAGAACUAUUUACUCCGCAUGUGCAAUGAUCUCCUACGGCGACUGUCCAAGUCCCAGAAUACUGUUUUCUGUGGAAGAAUUCAGCUCUUCUUGGCCAGGCUUUUCCCUUUGUCAGAGAAAUCAGGUCUUAAUUUGCAGAGCCAGUUUAAUCUGGAAAAUAUCACUGUUUUUAAUACCAAUGAGCAAGAGAGUACCUUGGGCCAGAAGCACAUUGAGGAUAAAGAGGAAGGGAUGGAAGUAGAAGAAGGUGAAAUGGGGGAUGACGAAGUUCCCACAAAUUGCUCCAUUCCAAUAGAUUACAACCUUUAUAGAAAAUUCUGGUCCCUUCAAGAUUACUUCCGAAACCCCGUGCAGUGCUACGAGAAGGUUUCGUGGAAAACUUUCCUGAAGUAUUCGGAAGAGGUCUUAGCCGUUUUUAGAAGUUACAAACUGGAUGAUACUCAGGCCUCAAGAAAGAAGUUGGAAGAGUUGAAAGCGGGAGGGGAACAUGUAUAUUUUGCAAAAUUCCUAACAAGUGAAAAGCUGAUGGAUUUACAGCUCAGCGACAGUAAUUUCCGUCGUCACAUCUUGCUGCAGUAUCUCAUUUUGUUUCAGUACCUUAAGGGGCAGGUCAAAUUCAAAAGUUCCAACUACGUCCUAACUGAUGAGCAGUCCCUCUGGAUUGAAGAUACAACAAAAUCAGUCUAUCAACUGCUGUCAGAAAACCCCCCGGAUGGAGAACGGUUUUCAAAAAUGGUAGAGCAUAUUUUAAACACUGAGGAAAAUUGGAACUCAUGGAAAAAUGAAGGCUGCCCAAGUUUUGUGAAAGAAAGACCAUCUGAUCCCAAGCCCGCAAGGCUUGUUCGAAAGAGAACGGCUCCAGAGGAUUUCCUAGGGAAAGGACCCAACAAAAAAAUUCUGAUGGGAAAUGAGGAAUUAACAAGACUUUGGAAUCUCUGUCCUGAUAAUAUGGAAGCCUGUAAAUCGGAGACCAGGGAAUACAUGCCAACCCUGGAGGAGUUUUUUGAAGAAGCGAUCGAGCAGGCGGACCCUGAAAACAUGGUUGAAAAUGAAUACAAGGCUGUGAACAAUUCCAAUUACGGCUGGAGAGCCCUGAGGCUGCUAGCCCGCAGAAGUCCCCACUUUUUCCAGCCAACCAACCAGCAGUUUAAGAGUCUACCGGAGUAUUUAGAAAACAUGGUGAUCAAACUGGCAAAGGAAUUACCACCUCCAUCGGAAGAAAUAAAAACGGGGGAGGAUGAAGACGAGGAAGACAAUGAUGGUUUACUAAAGGAAAACAGUGAAAGUCCUGACGCCCAGCGCGACAAACCGGUAACAGGGGAACAAAUAGAGCUAUUUGCUAACAAGCUCGGAGAACAAUGGAAAAUCUUGGCUCCGUUUUUAGAAAUGAAGGACCCCGACAUAAGGCAGAUAGAGUCCGACAGCGAGGACGUGAAGAUGAGAGCUAAGCAACUGCUCGUUGCCUGGCAGGAUCAAGAGGGAAUACAUGCCACACCUGAGAAUCUCAUUACUGCGCUGAACAAAUCCGGAUUAAGUGACCUUGCAGAAAGUCUGACUAAUGACUCCGAAGCGGGUAGUUAGCCUACUCUUCCUUGUACUUUUCCAUUAAAACUCUGAUAGGAUUUUGUUACCAAGCGGAAUUUGAUAGAGAUCUUUUUUUUCCUUUUCUCGCCGUUCGUUGUAUUGUUGGUGAGGGCUUCAAGGGCAUAGCAGUAGCAAAGCAGGGCACUGGGUUUUGCACUCUUCAAGGGAGAAGGAGAAUAAAGUUUGACUGCGAAGGUGUCA